CUAUGUAGCGAUCUACCUAUGAUCUGUGGAACACUUUCCCCUCUAUAUAGCCUUCGUCUGGGGUGUUUGGUUUAGUUUAUAUCAACGGGGCUAGGUAGGUAUAUCGAGAUAGAUAGAUCAGCCUCAUCUACUUACUAGAGUAAAGCUACCCACCAGAGUAAAGCUGCCUACCUACCUAGACACCAAUACCGAUUUCAGCCUACUUUUCACUAUAACAGUUUUUGCCCAGCUACUAGGUUAGGCAUGUCGCGCCACAUCGCCGCCGUCCGCGCGGAGCUCCGCACGGACGUGACGCUCAACCGGGUGGCCGAAUUCGCGCGCGUGACGCCGCCCCAGCUCCCGUCCGCCGCGAAGCAGUAUCUGCUCGACAAGCUGCCCAUCGUCCAGUGGCUGCCGCGCUACAACCCGCCGUGGCUGCUCCAGGACUUCAUGGCGGGCCUCACGAUAGGGGUGCUGCUGAUCCCCCAGGGACUGGCGUACGCGAAGAUCGCGACGAUCCCGAUCCAGAAUGGCCUCUACUCGUGCUGGGUCCCGGCGGCGGUUAUGGUGUUCAUGGGGACGUCCAAAGACCUGUCUACAGGACCAACCUCAAUUCUAGGCUUGCUAACCGCAGAAAUCAUCCGCGACCUCAAGAAUGAAUACUCACCCACUGACAUCUCAUCCGCCGUGGCCAUGAUGGUCGGCAUAUGGUCUCUCCUAAUAGGUCUACUCGGACUCGGCUUCCUCCUCGACUACGUCUCGAUCCCCGUCCUCACGGGCUUCAUAUCAGCCACCGCAUUCGUCAUCGGCAUGGGCCAAGUCGGGUCCCUCGUCGGGCUCGAGAAAGUCCCCGACGGCGCCUUCAACCAACUCGGCAACGUCCUCAAGCGCCUGCCCCACUGGGACGGGCCAACCUGCGGGAUCGGGUUCGGCACGGUGCUGGUCCUCCUGCUUUUCCAGAAGGUCGGCAAGAAAUGGGGCCACAAGCACUUCGCCAUCAGGUACGCGUCGAGCAGCCGCGCCAUCAUCGUGAUGGUCAUUUUUACGCUGAUCUCCUACCUGGCCAACAAGGACCGCGACGAGUACAUCUGGGACAUCAGCGAAGUCAACACCCACGGGAUCCAGCACCCCAAGGCCCCCGGCGGCGUCCUGCUCUCCAAGGUCGCGGCCCGCUCCAUCGCGCCGCUGGUGGCGUGCACGCUUGAGCACCAGGCGGUUGGCAAGGCGUUCGGCCGCAGGAAUCACUAUGCCGUUGACCAGACGCAGGAGUUUAAUUACCUAGGCGUCACUAACAUCGUGAACUCGUUUUUCGGCGUCAUGCCGGUGGGCGGCGCGAUUUCCAGGACGGCGGUCAACUCGGAAUGCAAUGUCAAGAGCCCCCUGAACGGCGCGAUCACCGCGGGCUUCAUCAUCCUGACGCUGUAUGUCUUCUCCCCUGCGCUUUACUGGCUGCCUAAGGCUAGUCUAGCGGCUAUUAUUAUCAUGGCCGUCAUACACCUCUUCGGCCCCUUAUCUCUAAUCUGGCGGUACUGGCGCAUCUCCCUCGCCGACUUCAUCGCAUGCAUGGUCGCCUUCUGGGUGACGAUCUUCGUGUCGGCCGAGAUUGGCAUCGGCGCGGCCGCCGGGUGGAGCGUAGCAUGGACGCUCCUGCGGUCCGCGUUCGCGAAGCCGAAGAUCCAGACCAGCGGAGCUACCACCACCACCACCACCACCACCACAACGGCAACAGCAGCAGCCGGAGACUCUUCUUUCGGCAGCAUCCCGCGGGCCGGGACGACGACGACGGAGAGCGUGGCGGGCCCGGCGCUCCCCGAGGACACGACGCUGGUGCGGUUCACGGACUCGCUGUUCUUCCCGAACGCGAACCGCAACAAAGUCGCCGCGCUCGAGGCGAUCCAGCUUGUGUACCCGUCCGUGCAGAACCCGCACUACCGCGCCGAUGCGGAGCGCUCGUGGAGCGUGGCGGCCGAGAGGCGGCUCGAGAGGCUGCGCGCCCUGCGCGGGGUCGUUAUGCGCCAGAUGCCUCUGUCCCUGGUGGUGUGGGACUUCAGCAUGGUGCCGUUCGUGGACGCGACGGGGGUCACGGCGCUGGCGGAGCUCAAGGACGACGUGCGCCGGCAGCUCGGGCUCGGGGUGCAGGUGCGGGUCGUGGGGAUGACGAAGGGCGUCCGCAGGCGGUUUGCGCGCGCCGGGUGGCGGCUCGUGGACGCCGAUGAUGGGUUCAUGGAUGGGGAUGCUGAUGUCGUCUACCCUUCCUUGGAAAGGGCUAUCUGGGACGAGCGGGACCGCGAUAGCUUGAAGGGUGUUGCUACGGAGAAGAGCUAG